UUCAGUGUGUUAACUGCAGCGCUGCGGGGUUUUCAUGCUCAACAGUUUCCUGUGGGUUUCAAGAAUGGUCCACCACCCAAAGGACAUCCAGCCAACUUGACACAACUGUGGAUAGCAUUGGAGUCAACAUUAGUCAGCAUCCCUGUGGAACGCUUUCAACGCCUUGUAGAGUCCAUACCCUGACGAAUUGAGGCUGUUCUGGCGGCAAAAUCCCAAAGAAGUUGCUGCUGCAAGAGCCCAACCCCAGAGUGGCAGUGUACCCCCCGUCACCCAGUGCCCAUGACACAAACGUGGUUGGAGACAGCGCCCUCCUUGAUGGGACCUCGGUCAUAACUUUGGAUUCUUUGCUCUCAGGAAAGAAGAAGCGCGGGAGGGAGUUUGGGUCCUACUCUGGGGAGGUGAAGACAAAUGAGGGAGGAGUGGAGGACAAAGCCGCCCGGCCGCCGGACAUGAACCCUGUGAUCAAUGCUACAACGGGCAGCGCCGACAUGUCCCUUAUCAGUAGCUCACUGGCAGCCUACAACUAUAUAGCAGACCACCCAGAGCGAGCGGCGCUCUACUUUGUGUGCGGCGUGUGCCUGGGCCUCUUCCUCACCCUGUUUGCUCUGGUGGUCCAGAUCUCGUGCCGCACCGACUGCCAGCCUCGCCGCCGCUGCCCCGGCACCACCGCCAAGAACCGCCUGCGGCCCACCGACUCCUCAUCGGACUCCAGCGACUCAGACUCAGACUGGGAAACCGCGUCGGAUCUGUCCGCCCGCCGCCACCGCCGCUUCGAGCGCACGCUCAACAUGAGCGUGUUCACGUCUGCGGAAGAGCUGGAACGGGCACAGCGGCUGGAGGAGAGGGAGAGGAUCAUACGAGAGAUCUGGAUGAACGGUCAACCCGACAUACCCGGGACGCGUAGCCUCAACCGCUAUUAUUGAGGCAAGAACGUAAAUGAACCACUACUAGAUCUAGAUGAACCCGGGACGCGGAGCCUCAACCUCUAUUAUUGAGGACCGUAAAUGAACCGCUACUAGAUCUAGAAAGGGGGCUGUGAAGGUUGGAGUGCAGUACUUGAGAUGGGAUGUGUAGGACCACAAAUGCACCACUAGGGUUUGGGGAUGGGGGGAAGGGACCCCACCACCGGACCUGAUUUUCGGAGGUGUGCAUGAUCACAAUAGGACCACUUUGGACUGCAAGGGUUUGGGAACCACACGAUGGAAGACAGUGACGCUUGCAGACCAGGAAGGAUAAAUAUCCCCCUCUGUCUGUCUGUCAGUCUGUGUCCGUGUGGGCGCUGUAAAGCAAAAAAAAACUCUGUUAAUGCAGUGAGAAUAAGCUCCUACUUCUCAGCAUGGUAAGCUUGACCCGGAGCCUGCCUCUCAUUGGUGGAGGCUGAAGGUGAAAGGUCAGCUAACUGCACUGCCUCACAUUUUACCUCAUCGCACCCUCCUGAAGUGGAGGAUCUUGAGAUACUGAGACUGUGAAGCCUGAAAGGUCAAAGGUGACUUAAGGACAGUAGCCAAUGUUACUCCAGUGUUGCCUAGUGGAAAUUGAGAAUUGGGCAAAUCUGAAAGCGUGCAGCUUGCUUUAUGCUCACUCACCCUCCAGUAUUCAAAUGGUCGAAUGGCUUUAGGAGAGGCAUAAUACUUACAGUUAUAAGGACAUCAAGACACUCAAAGUGAAACGGACAGCGUUACACAAAGUGGAACUUACAGCGUAACACUUACAGUAAAAUUGGACAGUGGGACAGUUGACCAACAACGUUACAAUCUUUAAGAGGAAAAUGACCGCGGUCAACCAACGCUGUGUUUUGAACUUUGAACCCAAAAUGUGUUUUUUGAAAUUCUUCUCAAACAUUUUAUGAAAUCUAAUUUUAUAUAAUAUUUAAUAGUUGUACUGUUGUGUAUUUUUUUCUUUACGGUCAUUAUUAUGAGAUAUUUUUAUACUGCGGUUAUCAAAACUUGUCUGGCACCUCAGGGAUGCAAUCCUAGGGGAGUCCAAAAUGGCACCCUGUUUCCUUUAUAGUGCUCUACUUUUGGCUAGAACCUUAUAAGGGUCUGGCAAAUCUCUGGCUAAAAUUAGUGCACAACAUAGGGAAUAGGGUGCAGUUUUGGAUGUAGCCCCUAUUGUUUCUGUGUAUGGUAGUUUCUAUUUGCUUCUUAAGAAGAGGAUUGGGGCCCGAAUUCAUUAAGCUUCUCAUUGUAGGAGUGCUGAUCUAGGAUCAGGUCCCCCAUGUCCAUGUCAUCUGAUUCAUUAUGAUAUUAAAGGCAAAACUGAUCCUAGAUCAGCAGCAGCACCUAUACAAUACUCCAGAUGUGUCAGCAUUUGAGCAUUGGGCCAGUAACCGAAAGGUUGCUGUAUCGAAUCCCCGAGCUGACAAGGUAAAAAUCUGUCGUUCUGCCCCUGAGCAAGGAAGUUAACCCACUGUUCCCCGGGUGCCGAAGACGUGGAUGUUGAUUAUGGCAGCCUCGCGCACCUCUCUGAUUCAGAGGGGUUGGGUUUCAAUGCGGAAGACAUUUCAGUUGAAUGCAUUUAGUUGUACAACUGACUAGGUAUCCCCCUUUCCCAUUUAUAAAAUAAAAAAACACCAUGUAAAACACCUCGAAGAGGUCAAGCGAUUUAAUAAGCUUAUUUUUUUAUAUGUUUUUAUAUGCACAGUGCAGUGCCCUACCUGGCAACAGGAUGUCUAUUGGUGGAAAGGGUAACCCAGUCAAGCUGUUAUAUUAGAAUCGAUCAAUCAAUUGCAAUAAUCUUUUUCUCACUUUGUCAAACAGGCUUGUGUGUGUGUUGUCUACAUGAAAAUGGCGAGGCUGGCCCUGGAUCAGUUUUGUCAUGCCAGAGGCCAUAGGACUUGUCAAGACAGCACAAAAAGAUGGGCUAUCUGUCAGGUAUUAUUGUAACGAUCAUGUUGUUAAUAAUAUAAGCUAUUAUCAAUACAGUCCAGUUGUGAACCGUAGGAAUCAUGGUUUAUCAUAAGAAGUUUGGGAUUUUCUUGACUGGGAGGUGAAAUGAGAAGGCAGGGAAGAAUCUUCACUCCAACUGCAAUCCUUUAUGUUUUUUUUUAUUGAAAAAUAUUGUGUUUCAAUUUGAAUGGGACAGCAAAUAUGCCAAUACAAUAGCUGGUAAGUGAGACCAAAAUAUGACUCCUGUGCUUGGAAUAAACUGUGUUGAAAGUAA